UUCACUGUUUUCUUCCGGGAUAUUUCUGUCACCAGAAAUGGCUUCUCUUGACAGGGUGAAAGUAUUAGUUUUAGGAGAUUCCGGGGUUGGCAAGUCCUCCUUGGUCCAUCUCUUAUGCCAGAAUCAAGUGUUAGGAAAUCCGUCCUGGACUGUUGGCUGUUCUGUGGAUGUGCGGGUUCAAGACUAUAAAGAGGGAACUCCAGAGGAAAAGACCUUCUACAUUGAACUCUGGGAUGUUGGAGGAUCUGUUGGCAGUGCCAGCAGUGUCAAAAGCACAAGAGCAGUCUUCUACAAUUCAGUUAAUGGAAUUAUAUUGGUACAUGACUUAACCAAUAAGAAAUCAUCUCAGAAUCUCUACCGCUGGUCACUAGAAGCUUUGAACAAGGACUCCUCUCCAACUGGAGUCAUUGUUUCAAAUGGUAGUGAUUAUGACAGAGAGCAGUUUGCUGAGAACCCAGUGCCUUUGCUACUGAUUGGAACCAAGUUUGACCAGAUCCCAGAGAAUAAACGCAAUGAAGUUCUCAACCGGACAGCUUUCCUGUCUGAAGACUUCAAUGCAGAAGAGAUCAAUCUUGACUGCACCAACCCAAGAUACCUUGCUGCAGGUACAUCAAAUGCAGUGAAACUUAGCAGGUUCUUUGACAAGGUAAUAGAGAAGAGAUAUUUCACAAGAGAUCCAAGUCAGAUGACGGGUUUCACAGACAGAAAACGGUUUAACUUCAAAAGUUUGCACUAUGACUGAGCAGCAGUGACAGCAGUGGUCUGUGGAUUGGUAAUAACAUCUGUGGGAUUCACACUACCAGUCAGCUAUCACACUCUCUGACUACACCCCCCAUGCCCUGCUCCCACUGGCUAAAAAAAUAUGUAAAUAGUUGAUACACUUGCACAAGAAAUUUGCAAAAGGGAGUUGAAAAAUAAAGAGUCAUGCUCUAGCAUUUUUUAAAAAAAAUUUAUUGCAGACCUUUUAACAUAAUAGUUUGUUCUUGUUUCAAAUGCAAAAAAAAAAUCAUUACACAUGCUUUGUCUUUUUUUAAUUCAAAACUCAGACCAAUAUUUUUUAAUUUUAUGUUUUGCCAAGCGUUAUCACCUAUAAAACAAGUAAAGAAAGAGCUGUACUCCGAGCCUCUGAAUAUUUGCUCAAGCAACGUUCCCCUAUUUUUGCAUCUUGUCUUUAAUCCAGGGGAGAAAAACGCCAAUUUUGGUGAAGACAUGUGGAAACUUUGGAUCAUUACAAUCUGUGCUCAGGGUGAAAGCUGUUAUACCUUGAGGCUUGCUGUUACAGAUGAGUGGUCCGCCAGAGUCUCCCUAAAAGAAAGGAAACAGAAGAACUUGACUGAGUAGGUUGUAAAAAGAUUACACCUAUUUUUCAUCAAUAAAAAUAUCAAUUUGGGAAAUUUUCCAUUUGUGAGUCUGCUUCAAAUCUAAUCUGAUUACCUGGCAAACCCCUCCCUUCUUUUUGAAAAACUUGGUGCAUAUCAUAUCCUUAGAAUCAAAAUAUUCUUUCCAGAUGUUUUUGCACUCAUCAUUGAACUGAAUCUUCUCCGUGGUCUCCCUCAGAACAUUUGAGGUAUGUCUGUCAGCUCCAGUCCAGCCCCAACCAGCCACAGCACAGUUAAUGUUGGCCGGGACUUUGCCAUUUUUCUUUGGUAGUCCAAUGGGUUUCACAUACCUAUUCAGUGUGGCGUUGUUUUUUAACUGUAAAACAGAACAGAGAAUAAGUUGUCUUUGCUUUUUUUUUUCACAAAAAGUUCACUUUUCAUGUUUAAAAUUAAACUUAAUUUAUUACUACAAUGUACAAAAUAGUUUAAAUAGAUAGAAAAUUCUUUGUAAGUUUAGAUGUGAACUUUUCCACAGCUUCGGCUUACCUGAAGUAACAUAAUGUCAUUAUCGUAUUUUCCAUUGUAUUUUGGAUGCUGGUAGUACUUGGCUACUUGGAUCCACUGCUGACUUUUCUCUUUCUUGGUAAUGUCAUGUGCGCCAAGUACUACUGUCAUUUCUUGUGGUCUGACAGAAAAAUGAAGAAGUGAUUUAAAAAUAUGUAGUUACGCUCAGCAUUUUGUAAUUACAAUUACUAUAAAAUAAAGUCAUAAUACAAUUAUUAAAGGUGUUCAUCAGC